UUGAGCCCCAACAAACCAAUCGAAAAAUUCGGUAAAAUCGAAUUAAAGGCGAAUACAAGAAAAAAAAACCUAACCACACAAAUUUCUCUCACCUCACUACGAAUUGAAGUUUCUAAUGUGCCGGUCUUAAAGAUUUAUUCGGGGUGUUCCAUUUUAAAAAUGGAACUAGGUUGUGAGUGCACAGGAUCGGGUAGCGAAUGAGGGAUAAUAUUAAAAAUAGGCUGUUUGCACGCUGUAAGGGUCAGAUUUGAAAAUUAAAAGAAGUGCCAAGAUGAGUGGCCCGUGCCACCAAUCUAUGUGACGACUGGAACUGACUGUUCGCUAUAGACACGUGCGCGUGUGACGGUGACUUGCAUACAAAAUUCCCCCGAAGAAAACCGUUACGAUGGCCGAUCCGGACGCCUUUGAUGACGAGAAGCUGGUUGUGGGUGGUCCGAACCAGCGCAACUGGCGCGGCAUCCUGAUCGCAUUACUGGUCAUCGUGGCUGUCCUCGCCCUCAUAGUCACUUCCGUGGUGCUUCUGACUCCUCCUGAUGAAGGCCCGAGGGUCAAAGGCCGGAGAUUCCGCAUCCAAGACUUGCUGAACAAUGAAUUGGAACCGAUCAGAUGGAACGGGACGUGGAUAUCGGGUGACGAGUUUUUGUACCGCGACGCAUGGGGCGGUAUCAGUUUGAUGUUCGCAGCCAAUCAGACCUCGAAGACGCUGAUGCCAAAUUCAACAUUUAGGGUACUAGAACCGGCAACGUUCACCGUAUCCGCUGACAGACGGUUCCUGCUACUCGCUCAGAAUAUUCGAAAACUCCACCGACACUCCUACAUCGCUAGAUACACUGUCUACGACAUACUGACCACUGAAGCGUAUCCCCUCACGCCGCUGCCGGAUGAAGUGGGAGGCGUUCUCACCGAGGGCCCUGCUCUUCUCUUAGCCACGUGGACUCCUAAGGGUCACGGGUUGAUCACCGUGAAAGACUACGAUAUAUACUACCGCCCGGCGCCGAGGUCUUCCACUGGGUAUCGGGUUACGGAUACCGGCGUACCCGGUACCAUUCACAACGGUGUACCCGAUUGGCUGUACGAAGAAGAAAUUUUGGACAGUCGAACAGCACUGUGGAUGUCUGCUGAUGGCCACAUGGUAUUGUAUGCAACCUUCAACGACAGCCUCGUUCAUGAGCAGAAGUUCCCCUGGUACGGCGCUGCGCUGGACACGGAUGACCCUGAAAAGACAUAUCCAGAAAUCAAGAGCGUGAGAUACCCGAAGCCGGGUACCAACAACCCAACAUUUACUUUAACAGUGGCGGAUAUCGCAGACCCUAAACACAUAAGGACCAGACACUUGACGCCACCCAAAGUUAUACUAGAACAAGGAGAUUACUACUUCACAAGCGCGCAAUGGGUGUCGUUGACUGAGGUAUGCGUUGUUUGGCUCACGAGGGUCCAGAAUCUGUCUGUCGUAUCAGUCUGCAAGAUCCCGAUGUGGUUCUGUCAGGAGGUAUACCGAAUAUCGUCAAGCAAUGAAGGCUGGGUCGAAUCCGCACCAGCACCAUUGUGGUCUGCAGGAGGAGGCGCUCUGGUAACGCUUGCCCCAGUAAGAGACGGCCCGGCUGGUCUCUUCAGACACAUCGUGAGGACUGAACACAAUUCACACGGACCAAGGGCGUUACCUCUGACUCAUGGUAGCUUCGACGUCGUGAAAUUAUUAGCAUGGGAUCAUGCGAACCAGCACAUAUAUUACCUCGGCAUACCAGAAGGCAAACCAGGGCAACAGCAUUUAUACAGGGUAUCGUCUGAAGCGCCCAGACCAGGCUCACCGCAAAAACUGCCUUACUGCGUCACUUGCAAUUCACAGCCUUCUCCGUCAAUAAGUUUGGAGUAUUACGGUAAUUUGGCGUCAUCAGGAGAAAGUAAUUGGGACAACGAUUGGGACGAAGAGCUGCCAACCACUUCACCUUCGCCCACUAAAAAGAAGAAAAGGCGACAUCCAGAGGGUGUGCCGCAGAACUUGCCUUGCUUAUAUCACGAGGCACACUUCAGUCCAACGGCGGCGUAUUUCGUGCUGGAGUGCCUCGGUCCGGGCGUACCGACGUCGAGCCUCCACAAGACCGCGCUUCCGGAACCAAGACUCGUCAUGCACUUGGAAAACAACACGGUUGUGAAGGGUGUGCCGCAGAACUUGCCUUGCUUAUAUCACGAGGCACACUUCAGUCCAACGGCGGCGUAUUUCGUGCUGGAGUGCCUCGGUCCGGGCGUACCGACGUCGAGCCUCCACAAGACCGCGCUUCCGGAACCAAGACUCGUCAUGCACUUGGAAAACAACACGGUUGUGAAGGAGCGACUGUCGUUGAUAGCGCUGCCCACACCGAGAACGUUCUCGGUUCAUUUGUCCAGCGGACACCAAGCCCGGGUACGCCUGCUUCUACCACCGGGUCUUAGAGAAGACGAAGUUACCAAGUACCCUCUGGUGCUAAAAGUGCACGGAGCUCCAGGUAGCCAGCUUGUGACAGAGCGCUGGGCUGUUGACUGGGGGUCAUUGGCCGCUGGUGCCGGAGCCAUUGUGGCUACAGUUGACGCCAGAGGGGCUGGCGGCAGAGGCUUAGGAGCUCACCAUGCUCUGCAUAGAAGACUGGGGACCGUAGAGUUGCAAGAUCAACUGGAAGUGGCUGAGUAUCUUCGCGACUCCCUGCACUUCAUAGACGCCCGUCGAGUGGCGGUGUGGGGGCGGUCGCACGGCGGAUUCCUGGCGACAAUGGCCCUCGCGAGCACGCCCAGCGUCUUCCACUGCGGCAUCGCCGUCACGCCUAUCGUGCGCUGGCGCUACUACGCGUCAGCAUACGCUGAACGUUAUAUGGGCUUUCCAAACGCAACGGGCAACUACAGAGGCUACGCUGAAGCUGACGUCACCAAGCAAGCGGCGGCUUUACACGACAAGAUGCUGCUGCUAGUGCACGGCACGGCAGACGACAGUGUCCAUAUACAGCAGACUAUGGCAUUGGCAAGGUCAUUGGCUGAACAAGGCAGCAUGUUCCGGCAGCAGAUUUACCCGGAUGAAGGUCACAGCUUGGAAGGCGUGAAACAUCACUUAUACCGCACGAUGUCUUCGUUCCUCGACGACUGCUUCAGGAAGCAGGUUCCUCCCGAGACCAAGGCGGGACUCAGGAACGGCGGAAACCUUGACUGAGAUACGUGGAAAGACGAGGAGUUGUGCUCUUGGUAAAAAUCACACCGUCGUCAGAAACAGAGUUUUGGUAGUUAAAAUAAAAAAAAAAGGGGAAAGGUAAAAUUUUCAUUGAUCUUCACGAGAUUAUAACGGAAUUAAUGAAAAUGAUUUGAAAAAUUUGAACAGUUUAGUCUCGUGUCUAAUUCCGUUUUGGAUUUUAUCUAAUAAAGUUUCUAAAACUACCAAAUAGUACAAUGUUUUGCCAUAUCUUUGAACAAAAAAAAAACCUUCUAACAUUAUGCAUGUUUGUACAUAGCACAAAAUUUUGUCUUAUAUAUCAAACUUGAUUGCACCUUUUAAAGUAUUUAGGAAUGAUUAAUAUACAACUAAUGUCUUCAUUUUAAUACCUACUACUCUUCUUUUAAUAUUCAAUACAUUAUUAACUAGUCGAAGAUAUGUAUAAUUAUUUAAAGUUGAGACUUACAAAACAUAUAUGUUAAAUAAGA